ACUCCACUCGUUUUCUUUCCCAGAGAUUCCACAUGCAUCUGGUUUCUUCGGGUUCGCCUCAGAAAUGGAAACAAGCAGGAGUCUCUGGGAAACGGGGGAGGAGAAUAUUUUGGGAAAGAGAAAAAAAAAAGUGAGGCAACGAACGAGAGAUGAAGAGUUUCUAAGAGUUAAGCAAAAUAACCAGAAAGAAGAGAUUUGGAGAAACAGAGUGGAAAGAUAGAGCAAGAUUUUUGGCAUAGCUUUUGUGUGUUUAUCCAGCAGCGGGUCACAGCAUGGCGCUGUUCCCAUUCUGCAAGACAGCCACAGGAGCCGUCAGAGUGUCCAGGAUACAGCUGCUCCUGUACUGUGUUCUACUGUCACUUAUCAUAUACUUCCUCCACGGGCGUAAGGGUGGUGGCAAUGUGAAGUCCCCUCAUCCUUACUUUCGCUCCAUGGAACUAACUGUGGGAGAAGAAACGAAGAACAGCAACGCAGAACUACAACGCCCUGCGCAGACUCCUUGGGGUGCUCCUUUGGUUUGGGGUGACAACCGCGACUCAGUCAGCCGAAGGACUGAAUUUGCACAGCUAGAAGUCCAGGUAGGUCUGCUGACCCUUGUGGUGGGACCAUACGCCCAACACGUGAGACGUUUCAUCUCCUCGGCGGAGAUCUACUUCCUGCCUAGUCAGAUGGUCACGUACUAUAUCCUCAUCGAUAAUCCUCGCAUGUUGGAUCCUCCCAUCAAGUUGGGGCCUGGACGACAGCUGAAGAUACUUCCCGUCGCCGAGUUCCCCGGCUGGGACAAGUUGGUCUAUCGUCGUAUGCCCAUUUUAGCUGACGCCAUGAAAAACCGAAUUGGCAAGGAGGUUGAGUACAUUUUCUGCGCUGACAUUGACCAGGAGUUUACGGCUCCUGUGGAAGAGGAAAUACUUAGUGACCUGGUGGCCACCUUGCACCCCGAACACUACGGCAAGCCACAGACGGCACUUCCUUAUGAAAAGGAUGAAGACUCAUCAGCUUAUGUGAAGGAGGAUGAGGGUGACUACUAUUACACGUCCGAGCUCUACGGUGGGCUGAUUCGCAAUGUGUACAGAAUGGCUCAGGGUUGCUCCUUGCUCAUUCUGAAGGAUCAGUCAAACGGCAUGCUGGCCAGCGGCCGCGAAGAGAGCUACUUAAACCGAUACCUGAUCACUCAUCGGCCAACCUGCGUUCUUUCACCAGAGUACAACUGGUGGGAUUCGGGCUUGGCCGCGGACGUGCCUGAGAAGAGGCUGGUCUCGUUGGGAAGGCAAUGUGAGGCAUUCGACGCUGCGAAAAGGGAGAAGUACCGAUGUUGAUGAUUUGUUUUAGUGCUCCAUUCACUUUUGGAUAAAACUCGUGUAGCUCUGACUUGGAGUGCAUGAGAUCCAAAUUUGAAGCUCUUAUCUCAAAUGUAAACUAUAAACAUGGUUAAGGACAAGAAAGAAACUUGUUUUGUUUGUAAAGGCAGUCAUUUUACUAGUGUGAGAAAUAUCCCUUUAAACGAAAAAUUGAGCUCCCUAUUAAUGUCAGCCAGUCUUCUAGCGGCUUUGUGGUCAGCAGCGAUAAGAGUCAACAGUGUCAGUGCACACUUUCCCCCCUCAAUGGGCAAUUAUUAACUGGAAGCUGUGCACUUUCAAGGUCUUUAAAUACCAAGUGGGAGGCGGAGAGUGGGGAAAAAAAACUGUCGACACAUGGCGAUGCUCAACCUCCAGGUUACACGUGUUUAUCAGCUGCUGUGUCUUGACUGCAGCGAAAACAAUAAACAAAUCGUGUCCUGGUGAGCAAUUUUUCCAUAAAACAUUUGGGCCUCAUUGAAAGCCGAUGAGGUACAUGGCUUUUUAAUGACAAGGAAUAAAACCGUUCCUUUUUUCACCAAUUCACAUCUAUUCAGUCUGCGUUUGUGUCCAUGUGUGCUCUAGUCAUAAUGGGAAGCUUUCAACACAGCAGAUGCUUCCUUCUCACUGCCAAGAGAACGUGUCCACGGGGCCCGAUCGCCACGUGGAGUGAAGUUGAACUUCAGAUCACUCCAAGAAUCUGAUUCCCGUUUGUCGCACACACAUGCACACGCACGCACACACACUUGAUUCAUACUGAGGACACCCUUUCCUGGCCUUUUGCAAAAUUUCAGUUAGGGAGGGCGUAGGAAUACAGCUAUAUGCAAAAAUAACUUGAGGAAAGCUGACACAAUAUUCUCUACUGUUAUUGCAAACGAUGAAUGUGAUGUAAAAAAAUAUUCAUCUAGCGCUUUGUAUUUUGUUAAUAUGUAUUUUUUGAAACUUUCCUUCACUAGUAAGCAUGACAAAUGAUGACGGUAAACCUGUCGCAACAGCCGCCGGUGAUCUUUAGAGAAGCUUUUUCAUUUGCAUUCCUGUAUAUGAUUACUCAUGCUACAAGACAGCUAGGAAUUUGCACAAUUGUGUUUCUCAAAAGAAGAAGUAUUGUAGAAAUUGGCUUCUUAGUUCUAUUUGAAUAGCAAAAUUAAAAGUGUUGGUACUGUUAAGCAACUUUGCAUUAUGAAAAAUUCAAACAUGCUACGUUAUGUGGCUUUGGAGCCAAUACUGCAAAUUACAUUUAAAAACAAAUGACUCUCCAAAUAAACUCACUAAACUUCACAGUUAAAUUCCCAAUAGCCUUUCUGUGUUUAAUGCUUAACCUUGAGCAAAGAGUGAGUCUUUUUAACUUGUGCACAGUAGGCUGUGAUAUGAUGAGACCUGUGAAAUUAUGAAUUAAAAUAUGUGGAUUUGAAA